GUGUGGCGCGGCCGCCGCUGCCGGGGCCGCCGCCAUCUUGUGCCGGAGGGGGCUCCUGCCUGAGCCGCCGCGCCCGUCCCGGCCGGGGCCGCGCUCCUGCCCAGAGGGACCGCGGCGGCGGGCAGCGCCUUUCCCGCUCCUCCGCCCCGGCCGCUGCCGUGCCCCGAGGCGGCGGGGAGAGCUGCCCUUGGGCGCGGCGGCCCCGGGGCUGAUGCUCGGCGCCCCGCAGCGGGACCCCGCCGCCGGGCCGGGCCGGGCGUGAGGCCGCCGCUUCCCGCCCCGUCUCGUCUCGUCAGCCCCACAGCCGAUGCCGUCGCCGGCCGGGCCGCGGGCGUAGCGGCGGGCUCUGCCGAGGAGGCGGGCGCCCGUCGGCCGCGGAUCAGGAGAGCCAGGCCCGGCCCCGCGGAGCCGCCGCCGCUGCCCGCCCCAUCAGGCGAGGGGCAGGAGGCCCACCGCGGGCGCGGCGCCGCGCCCCGCCCGCCCCCGCCGCCGCAGCAGAGCCGGGCCGCCGCUGCACCAUGAAGAUCAAGGAUGCCAAGAAGCCGUCUUUUCCAUGGUUUGGCAUGGACAUUGGGGGAACUUUGGUGAAACUUGCAUAUUUUGAACCUAUUGAUAUCACUGCAGAGGAGGAGCAGGAGGAAGUUGAAAGCUUGAAGAGCAUCCGCAAAUACCUGACUUCUAAUGUAGCCUAUGGAUCCACUGGCAUUCGAGAUGUCCACCUUGAGCUGAAAGACUUAACACUUUUUGCUCGAAGAGGAAACUUGCACUUUAUUCGAUUCCCAACUCAUGAUUUGCCUACUUUUAUCCAAAUGGGAAGAAAUAAGAACUUCUCAACACUACACACGGUGCUCUGUGCCACUGGUGGUGGCGCUUACAAGUUUGAAGAAGACUUUCGCACAAUUGGAAACCUCCAGCUGCACAAACUGGAUGAGCUUGACUGCCUUGUCAAAGGCUUAUUGUAUAUAGACUCUGUCAGCUUCAAUGGCCAGGCAGAGUGCUAUUAUUUUGAAAAUGCCUCAGAUCCUGAGAGAUGCCAAAAGAUGCCUUUUAACCUGGAUGAUCCAUACCCACUGCUGGUUGUUAACAUUGGUUCAGGAGUCAGUAUUUUAUCAGUCCAUUCCAAAGAUAACUAUAAAAGAGUAACUGGAACAAGUCUAGGUGGAGGGACCUUUCUUGGUUUAUGCAGUUUGUUGACGGGCUGUGAAAGUUUUGAAGAAGCUCUGGAGAUGGCAUCCAAAGGAGACAGCACACAUGCUGACAAGUUGGUUCGUGAUAUUUAUGGAGGAGACUAUGAAAGAUUUGGCUUGCCGGGAUGGGCUGUAGCAUCCAGUUUUGGGAAUAUGAUCUACAAAGAGAAGCGAGAGUCUGUUAGUAAAGAAGAUCUUGCAAGAGCCAUAUUGGUCACCAUCACCAACAACAUCGGGUCUAUUGCCCGGAUGUGUGCAGUAAAUGAGAAAAUAAACAGAGUUGUGUUUGUUGGCAAUUUUUUACGUGUGAAUACUUUGUCAAUGAAGCUUCUUGCAUAUGCACUGGAUUACUGGUCAAAAGGCCAGCUGAAGGCCUUGUUCCUAGAACAUGAGGGUUACUUUGGAGCUGUUGGUGCUCUUCUCGGGCUGCCAAAUUUCAGUUGAGAGACCGGAUGUCACUACACUGAACUGUUUUCCACCUGAAUGACACUUGUUUAUGGCAAUGGAAACUAAAUCUGGGGAGGGGAGAAGAAAAUAGCCGGUUUUCCAUCCCUGUUUUUAAGAAGUGAUGUGCUACUGAAUAUUAUCAUUGUAGGGAAGGGGUUUGCACACUGUUGGGCAUUGAAAAGUGAAAUGUUUGGGGAUUUCGUUCAUGUUCUUUGGUACGUACAGCCAGUAUUACACAUGCAAUACAUCUUCUGAAAACAAGCUGCCAGAAGAAGGAAUGCCAAUCCCCUAAGUGCUCAGUGUGAAAAUUUUGCAAAUUUACUCCUGAGGCUUUAGGCCCAUCAGUUUUUUUCUGUAACUGAUGAAUGAAAAAUUAAUGUCAUUAGUUGUACUAUAUUAUGAGCACAGUUUCCCCUCUGUACGUAUAGAAAACAUCUUUAAAAUCAGUAAGGUACUAUCUACAAGGUGAGGAAACUGUAGACAAUUGCUUCCCACAGGAAGAAUAGUAAUUAUUUUAUUUUUAUGUGUAAUGGAAUUAAUAUUAAUGGUUUAAUUCUCAGUGGGAAGAGUAGAAACACAAAAAAAAUGGGCCAAAGCGGCAGAAUAAACAGUUAAUGUUUUGAAGGUUUUGUCAAGAUAUUCACUCACCCACUGCACUUACUUGAAGAUGCAGCUGGUAUUUUGGGAAGAUCCUCUGUCUUUGAUUGGCUUUGGAAAAAGAAUGUGAUGAUUAAUGAAAGCAAGUUGUGGGGGUUGGUUGUUUGUUGAGGACAUGACUUCCAAAAUGCAUUCUGGUUUGGUUUUUUUUUGGUCUCUCUUCUAAAUUCUGACAUCAUGCAUCAUUAUUUGCAAAGGUACCACAAAGCCUGAGAGAAUUGAAGAAAUCUUUAUAAAAGAGACUAAAUAUGGGACCUUGUAAUUCUGAUGCUUUGGCUCAUUUCUGUGGAAGUUUGGAAAAUUUCUGCCCCAUCCUACUAAUCUGAAACUGAUUUCACCUUAAUUUUAUAAGAUUUAAUCAGAAUCUAAUCAGAUGUUGAAAAUGAAAGGUUGUUAGCAUACUUUAGGAUUUGGGAGUUUGAUUUUUGAAAGUUGAGGACAGCAUCAGUUUGUGUUGCAGGACCAACAUUUAGUGCACUUGCAGUAUAGAACUGUUCAUCAAAUUGUGGCCUUGGGAUAAAAUCCAUGCUCUGGAACUGUUCUUUGGGUUUUUCUGUAUACUUUUAAAAUUUACAGUUGUGAUUAUUGUUACAGGUUUAGUCCUGAAGCCAGGAAAUGAGAUCUUAAACUUGUAAGAAUAUUAAACAAUCAUUAGCUAUAUGACUCUUUCUGGACUAAAGAACCACCCAAUUUUAUGCUAUCAUUUUAAUGUUAAAUAUUUUCUAUAAGUGCAUGAGGAGCAAUCAUACUAAACCCUAUUCAGAUGUUGGGUUUUAAGGUGUUUUUAAAGCCUGUGUUAUAUUCACAAACACAUCCACCUCGUGUGCAACAAACCUCUCUGUGCUAUUUUCAGUCUUCUUUUUCUUUUCCUAUAAUUCCAAGCCCAAUACUCGCAUGUUCAAAAAAUAAAGAAGUGUUGUCCUUUAAGAAUACAGUGACUUAGAGUAGCCAAUUCAUUAAGCCCAAUGCCAGUGGCAAAUGCAUUUCCUUGUAUUGUUGCUUUUCCUGGUACUCAUACUACAUUUCCACUGUGCUUGCUUUGUUGUUUCAUUUUAGACAAAAAAGCAAACAAAAGCUACACUCAGUUCAACUGAUCUGAUGCUAAAUGAGAGUGCUUCAGAGAACAAGUCAAUACGGUUUUCAUAGAAUGUCUUUAUAGACGCUCUAUUCUGUUUCUUUGGAGUUCCAAUUGAUUAUAGAAAGUAACUUUUGGUUGUAAAACUUUAAUUUUCUGAAUAUUUUGACAACCUUCUGAAAAUUUUGCAAACCAACCACUAUUUUUAUUGCCAAGUGAAGUACUUUGACAUGUACUACAGCUCAAUUAGAGAUGGUUCCUUUAGGCCAUGUUUAUUGCUACUUCACUUCUCAUUUUGUAAUGCUAAAAGAGACCUCUUGAAGCAGUAGUUGGAAGUUACUUGUAUAAAAUUUACCAGAAGCACGUGUAGAAGAUUAUUACCUAAUGACCAUGGUUAAUUUAAACCCUUUGAAGUUGAUAUGACCUAAAAUGGAUUUUUAAAGGAAAUUGUAUGGAGAAUAAAUUAAUGGAGUAGUUCUUGAAUAGGUGUGCUGUAUAGAAACUACUGUGAGAAUCAAAAAGUAUGCCCUACCUCUGUUGUACUUCCCUUGUGCUUCUAAAAAAAGUCUGCUUCCUUUUGCUAGUUUUAGCAGCACAACUGUUAUUUCAUUGCAAAAGCAAGCAGAGUUUGCAAGCCCUAUUGUAAAGCCCAGGGGUCCUGUAUUGGAGCUACAUCUUUGGGUUUUAUCUCAAUUUCUCUUAAUUUAGAACUUGUUAUUAGAGUCUCCAAAGAUUGACACCAGUAGAAAUGUUAGGCAUCACAAAUAUGUGCAAGACAAGCCUUAAAGUCUUUUCAUCUAAAUUCUCUCCUAAACAGGUUGAAAAGGCUUGUUUCUUUUACACAAACUGAAGUAAGCUGCUUUUUCCUCAUCUCUGUUUUUACUUUAACCCUGGCUAUUUCUUUUCCUCAAAGCAAAUUGGUUGAAGCAGCAUUAGAGUGAUUUAGUGUGAUGUGCUACAGUAGGAAAAAUUCGGGUUCUUCUCAGGGUUACUGUUGUCUUCUCAUGUGGAACUACUUCUCUAGAGGAGAGUUGCAUGGUAUUUCUUCUACUAAAGUAAAAUGUAAAGCUCAUUUUGAAUGUGUAAUCGUUUUCAGCUCAAUCAGCCAUGUGAGUGCCUUUUAAUUUUUUCAUAUCAUGCCAACUCUGCUGGUAUAGAGACUUUAUCCAGGAGGUUUCCUAACAGGAGUUGCUUACCAGAGAAAUGGCAGAUAAUUUAGUUGGCCAUGAAGAUGAUCCCUUCUAUCAAAUGUAGCUAGAGCUGCCAGGAAAACAGCAUCAGGUUUCUGGCUUCUGAUCCCUGUAGCCCUCUCCUUGGGUUAAUGCUUUUGUGUUUCUUGGUCUCAUUUCUUCAGCUUGGUCUUUAAAUAUUACGCACAGUUUUAUUGUAUUUGUAUCUCCCUAAAAGCCAUGCAAGUUGUAGUUGCCUGAGUACAGAUUAUUUCUGGCCAAAGAAGUUCCUUUUUAGAUGAAGCUGUUCCAAGUUGGUAUGGCUAUUAAGUUUCAUCACUCUCACCUUUCUAGUUCUACUAGGGGAACUGCAAUUGGAAGGAGAGGGAAAAACUACAUGUGGAGUAUUUAGCAAGCUGGAAUGAACACACCCUCAGCACACUUCACUAGCAGAGGUUUAAGUAUAAACACUUUUUCAUUGUUUUAGUAAAGCCUCAAUAAAUUUACCACUUUGGAGAGAAGCAGCACUGAUACACUUACUUUGUCUUAUAGUUUGGUCUGGAUUUUCAAAGGAUGGUCAAAUGCCUGGCCUGCCUUUUGAAGAUCUUUCUGUAGUGUUCUGCAGGCAAGCACCUGUGUGGUUCUGCCAACACCUCCAGUCAUAAUUUGAGAGUUAUGACAUGGAAAGAAUAUUGAGACCACACCGUCCCACUUCCUCUCAGCCUGUAUAUUAAGUAUAAAAGUUCGGUUCUGGCAUCUCAUAAUGGAUUAAAUAUUACUUCAGUAAUACUGUCAGAUUCCUAUGUGGAUUUAAGUUGUUGGCAGUACACAUGCAAGGUGAUUGUGUUGCCCUUAAGGGUUGUAAUACUAACUCUGUCUCUAUCCAGUACAGGUCUUCAGGAAAUACCUGCUUCCAGAUAAGCUGCAGUAACUUCUCAUUUCUAAAUGUUUCAGAAUAACAGUGGGAUUUUAACUUUUGGAACUGAUUGAAGUGUCUUUUACCUAGAGCAAAUCCAUGCUUCUUAAAGACUAGAUGGUGUUGUAUGCAUUGAGUCAUUAAUUUACAUUAAUGCCUAAAUUUACAUUCAGUCUGUUUUUAAAUAUUGUUUUCACUACUCGCAUUCUGGAUACUAGAGGAUACAAUCCUGAGGAAACAAUGUACCUGACAUCAGAGAUGAAGCUCAGCCUAUUAUCUUCUCUCCAUUUGCACACCUGACCAGACUGGUGUUAGCUGAGCAACAGGGCUUUCUGCAGUCUCUCUUUGGGGGGUUAUGUAGGCUUAAAAAAAGACAUUUAAUAUGUAGUAGAGCUUUGCUUAGGUUUAAAAGUGAACAAAAGUCUAUGGGUCAGAAUAGAAACAUUUGACCAAGACCUGUAGGUCACAAUGCAGAGCUGGGAACAGACUUGGCAGUUACUGGUUUGGUUGUAUUAAUUUUUCAGUUUCCCAUUAAUGCACGGAGGGGGAGCAGCUUAAUCAUCGUUAAUAAUCAUGAAUAAAAUGCAUGAAUUAACUCCUCAGACAUGACCAUGCAAGAUUAAAAAAAAUGUUUGAUCACAGUAUAGAGGCAUAAUUCCCUGCUUACAUUCUAUAAGUUUUCCUGGUAUAUUCCAAAGUACAUCACCUGUGAUAAAACUACUCAUUCCUUAAGCUUAAAGUCUGCAAAGAACUCAUAUUAGAACAUUUUACUAGUUUUGUUUACUUCACAUGUGUAAAGCAUAUUAAGUAUUCAUAAAAACACACUUUCUGAAAACAUCUCAAAAGAUGCUGUAAUAUAUGUGUAAUUAUUAAUGUGCUAAUGGGAUCUGUUUGAGCGAUCUGGGUUUGCAUAACUGAGUGUCAAAUCCUGCUCACUGGAGUUACUGGAGUAGAUGGUUCUCUUAAAUGGGGACUGUUCUAAACUAAUGAGCAAGAUUAGGCCUCAAGGUCUUCUGCCUGGGGAACACAAUAAUGCUACUUUGCAUAUUCCUGCUGGUGCUAAAUCAUUUGUUGAAAAUACAGAUUCUAAAUAGAAAUUGUAAAUAAAAUAUUUAUGGCCUGGUCCUUUUUGACAGACUUUAAAUGUAUGAUUUGCAAUUUUUUGGCCUUAUUUCAAGUUGCCCUUUUGUUUUUCUUAAGAGAGUAUGGACUGCAUUUGUUAAUGUGGCCAAGUCACUGGCAGUUUUGGCUUCCUGUGCUGCUUUCUGUAAGGCCCAUGACAUUCCUGGUGUGCAUUAUGGUACGGAUGAUUUCCAUUGCUGGAUUGCAGUGUUAUCCUUCAUCUUGUUUUGUCAUGGUAGCUGUUGGAACAAACAGUACCAAGUAGAACACGAUUGGCAUUUGUUCUCUGUUAAAACAUCUAGUAAAUCAGCCAUUACUGUAAGCAUUUGGGGAAGUUGUUGACAAUGCAAAAAUACCCAUUUAAAUAAUUUUAAAAGCUAAAUGUGUUCAUCUCACCUAUAAAAUAAGCAGGGAUAUGGUGUGCCAGUUGCUAAUCUUUACUAUAAAUUGCUAGCAUUUCACAAUUGUUGUAGCGUCAAUUUAAGAACAUUGUAAAUACAGGCUUUGGGAGGAGGUGUACUAGUUUCAGAUUCUGCAUUGCAAAAGAAUUGAGUUAUAAAACUAGUGAAUUAGUAUUUUGAGACAUUACAUUUAGAACAUACGAUCUAGUGUCUUGAUGGUAUAGAGAUAGGAUAUAGAGGGCUUCUGAUAAUUGCACUUUUUUAUGUUUCUGAGUUUUGGCAUUUUAACAAAUGAGUAUUUAAUUUUCCAUCUACUGUCUUGUUAUAUGCAGGCCUUCUAAUCACCAAUUGCUGUCUUCAAAUAUUUUAGUUAGUUAGGAAAAUGGACAAGCCAAUUUAUAAAAUUGGAAACCCUUGUAGGAUGCAAGUUCUCCAAAGAGCCAUUUGGUUAAGUUGCCUUAUUCUAUUACAUUGCACUCAUGUUAUGUCUCCACUUCCUUGUUUACUGUUCAGACACUGAAGAUGUGAUGUAAAAAUAUGUGCUACAAAUUAUAAUUCAUAAAUUACUGGUUAAUACCUUUGUGUCACCUGUUAAUACAGCUCUUGUAAAUUAUACCUUGAUGCCAUCUGUAAUACAGCUCUUGUAAAUGGUUUAAAUUAUUUUUCUUUUUAUAGAUUCUCAUUACUAAAUGUACAGAUUAGAUCCCUUUAAUAUGUCACUGAAUAAUUUGAUUGGGACCCAAAUAUGGCCAAUGCUGUAACUCCCAUCAAAACUGUAAAUUAUUCUUUACUGCUUGUUUGCAUGAAUGAAGUUUUGGGUUUCAUUUACUUUGUCAUAACCCAGCUCCUCUGUGAUGGGCCUACUUUUUACAGUUUAUUUUCCUGGUUUUAUUACCCUUUGUUCUGUAUGAAUGUUGAAACAGUACUUUGUCUUUCCUAAUAAAUAAUUUGAGAUUGUU